GUAGGCAAGAAGACGUGAUUUGGCUGAGGUCCUGUUGAAAGGAGGUGUGAACUUAGACCCCUUGAGCAAAUGGUCAAAAGUUGGACUGGUUGUGUAUGAUUCACAAGUGCCAAUUGGGGCUACUCCGGUACUCCCGAGUACAUGGCUGGGCUCUACAUGCUACAAAGUGCAAAUUCAUUUUUGCCUGUUAUGGCUCUUGCUCCACAAGAAAAGGAGCGGAUUGUCGACAUGGCGUAAGUAGUAAUCAUUAUGAUUUUUUCCUCUAUCAGAACUCCAAUAAGAAGAGACGUCAACUCGCAGCACCG